GAUGGCGGGAAUGUUGAUGUAAAUAAAGCACAUACUGUCCACCGAAACCGCUCGGCGUUUGGCCUUUCCUAGGACGUUACAGCACUGGAAGACUACCACAGAAGAACUUCUCUCGAAAGUGAAUCAGACGAAGGUGCAACUACAACAGAACAAGUAAAAUACUUUUAGAGGAUAAGAUUAACUAAAGACAUACAGAACAGAAGGACAGAAACACAGGAGUUCCCGUUUAGUUGAAGUUGAAGGAUAUGGCCAGUCCUGUCCGAGAUACUCACUCAGCGAUCGAGAUGGAGGAAAGAGCUGGACUGAUUAAUCACACUGGAUCGCCUUCGAGAAGUAUCCCAUCAUCCUCUCCUUCCUCGACGGCAGGACUGGACAACCUGGCGCGGUCGCCUACAGCCAGCAGCAGGAUGGGGUCAGACGAGGCUGAGGUCACCAGCGAGGUAACCAGCAUCGAUGCAGGCGAGGUUUUCUUCAGCGCGCCGGACUUGCGAACGCCAGAGAGCAGCGGCCCUCACGGCCUGUACAUGUCCGACGGUGUACGCCGUAUCGACUACGUGCUCUCGUUUUCCAUCACCGACCCAAACAUCGAAGCAGAGAGACAGAGACUGAGGAAUGAGUUUGAGAAGAAUUUGGAAGAAGAAGGGCUAGAGUUGGAGAGAGACUGGGUGGACCCCAGGCCUGUGUUAGGAUCCAAGAAGACCUACUUUGUGAGAAUCCAUGCACCAUGGGAAGUGUUGACAAGACAUGCAGAAAUCAGUCAGGUCCGAAUGCCCAUUAAGUCCCCUGCAGUACCUGUACCUGCACAAGGUGUGCUGCAGAAAGUUACAGCCUGUCUGGAGAGACUACUCGACCCCUUCAGAUUACCAGAAGAAGUGGAGGCCAGAUUCAAGCCCAAGAAGUUCACCUGCCCUUUUAACCGUGAACGGGAGACGAUGUUCGACAUCAAGGAGCCGGCCUCGUUUUUCCGGCCGCAUGUCCGAAGUCGCAUCGCGUACUCCAUCCUGCUGAGGAACAAGUUCGGACACGGGGCGACAGAAUUCGGGAUAGCGAAGGCCCUUGCACUGGGUAUGUAUGACGGCGCAUACCCCAUCCAUGACGGGGACUAUGACGACAAAGCGCCCGACAACGACAGGAAGACGCUGUACGAACACUGGGCGCGCUUCAGCUGCUUCCUACGCUACCAGCCCGUCGACCUAAUCAGGGACUACUUUGGGUCAAAGAUUGGGUUUUACUUUGCCUGGCUGGGGUUCUACACCUGGAUGUUGUUUCCCGCGGCGAUUCUCGGCCUGGUGGUGUUUAUCUACGGCAUCGUGACCAUGUGGUGGGAGAACCAAGUCAGCGACGAGAUCUGUAGGGACUACUUUAACGAGACGAUGUGCCCGCUGUGCGACAAGUUCUGUGGGUACUGGAGUCUGGGGGAGAGCUGCCAGUCUGCGAUGGCGUCUCACCUGUUUGACAACCCUGCGACGGUGUUCUUCGCGAUCUUCAUGUCCCUGUGGUCGACCAUGUUCCUGGAGCUGUGGAAGCGGCGCCGCCACGCGCUGCAGUACCUCUGGGACCUGCAGACCUUCAGGCAGGAGGAGGAGAGACCCAGGCCACAGUUCGAAGCUCAGGUAAUAUUCCAGGUCCGCCACACGAAGAGAAACUGGAUAACCCAGGAGGAUGAGCCAUGGCUGCCCUUCGUCUACCGCAUCCCCCGCUACAUGCUGUCUGCUGUGUUGGUGCUGUUUGCUGUAAUGUUCGGUGUGAUCAUGUACCGGGUAGCCUUGGAGGUUUUGACCAAUUUUAUUGCAUUGGCUGUCUUUACAGGGCGUCUGAUCGGUCGUCCGGGGAAGUACGUGUACACGCUGGGUUAUCGUCAGGAGGAGUGCUCGCCCAGCGGUUGUCUGGUGGAGCUGUGCAUGCAGCUGGGCAUCACCAUGGCAGGCAGUCAGCUCAUCGCAAACAACCUCAGGGAGAUCUUCCUGCCUAAGAUCCUGGUGUGGCUGAACUUCCGGUGGCUGAUCCAAGCUAUGGCAGGGAAGUCUGAGGAGGAGAGGAAGAAAACCGGCCUGUCCAGGUGGGAGCUAGACUACCUCCAUGUGGACAUUGGACCCAGGGGACUGUUCUUCGAGUAUCUGGAGAUGGUUAUCCAGUUUGGGUUUGUGAGUCUGUUUGUGGCAGCGUUCCCGCUGGCCCCUCUCCUGGCCCUCAUCAACAACAUCCUGGAGAUCAGACUGGACGCACAGAAGUUUGUCUGCAGCUUACGUAGACCCAUGGUGGGGAGGGCGGCAGACAUCGGUGUGUGGUACUACAUCCUGGAGGCCAUUUCUACCAUCUCUGUCUGUACAAAUGCUUUUGUGAUUGCCUUUACCUCUGAGUUCAUCCCCCGGCUGGUCUACACCAGAGUGUACAGUCCUGACGGCUCACUCAACGGAUACCUCAACUUCAGCCUGUCUUACUUUGAGGUGAAAGACUUCAGAGAAGAAAACACGCCAAGAAACCCACUCCAUCUGGGGAACAAUGUCACGUUUUGCAGGUACCGUGACUUGAGAGAGCCGCCAUGGUCAGAGGACCCUUACGAAUACUCCAAUGCCUUCUGGCAUGUGCUGGCAGCAAGACUGGCUUUUGUAGUGGUUUUCCAGAACAUCACCUUCUCGCUGACUCGGUUCCUUGACCUUCUGAUUCCUGACACCUCGUACGACCUUCAAGACGCCAUCAAGAUGGAGGAACAGCUAGUCAGCCGCGCCAUCCUGGACUUCGAGCUUCAGCGGACGAAACAGCGACAGCGGCAUAACCGCUUCAGGAGACAGAUGACUGCACCACCAGACGAAGAUGAGCAGCAUAGUCCAACACCACCAGCAACUCCAGACCACCAUGUUGACUCAUGGGAAGCGAACCUACACAAGAGAGUUUCCGGUAUCAGCCCGUCACGGUCCCAAAGUUUCAAUCCAGGCAGAGGUCAAGGUCGAGGUCAAACCAGUGGAACAUCUUCUGAUUAUGAGUCAACAGUAUAAGGAACAAGUCAUCAACGCUACCAGAAGAAAUUAUUUAUGAGAAUUGACUACCGGUAUAUCUGUUUAAAGUUAAAAUUUUCGAUCC